GAAUUGUUCAAUUUCCGACUCAUAACUUGAUUUCCACUGGCUCUCUGGAGGGCGAGGGUUUUUAUGCUGACUCGCUCUCCGGGUGCAUAAAGUAUCUCAGGGAUCUUCGAAAUCAGUGGAACAAUGGAAAGUUCGAACUGCCCUCUCCCUGGAUGUUUUCUGAGGCGCAGCUCGAAGAGCCAAUACUAUCCAUUAUCACGGACCAACAUCCAUUUCUGUCCCGAUUAAUGAUUGGGGCUACAUUGGCGCCCAUCCAGCAUAUGCUAUCCUCACUAACAACCGAAGAAGUUGAUUCCCGGCACGACUCGCCAACAGAUUUGCGACCCGACUUUUUACUAUCUACCGCUCGAGUAUUUCUCGAAUCUCAUUGGACUAUCGACGAACGAGAGUACCAAAUGCUUGGUUACCUAGAACGUGACACGAGAUAUGCUUCCAGUCAGCUUCAUUCGCUACUUAUGCACAACGAAGGGGGUGCAUCCGCUGAUGACAUACUUAUGUAUGGAUUAUCCGGUUCACCGAGCUCUUGGGUGCUAAGAAAGCCUCGAUUGUGUUUCCCAGAAGAAUUUCAGCCUUCUCAGUCUAUGGACCGUAUACGGUUUUGCAUUGUUAGGAACCUCGUCACACCGCUGAUGGCCGAGUCAAAGCGGGUUGAUCAGCAUCUCCCUGUGUCCUUUUCCAACCCUGCUUUAAUCACAGGCGCUUUCGACUCCGGCGAUGACUUGGUGUCAUCUGAAGCCCUUGAGAACGUCUUUCAUGUCGUUCGCGGUAGUUUGGCAAGCUUAAUGCUAGCCUCGUUCUGUCGGCAACGAAACACGCCUCACAGCAGCGGAUUCUGGACGAAAGGAAUAGAGGAUCGUCCAUUGCCUGAGUUUUUGAUGGUAUUUGGCCUCAUCUGGCAGUCGAAUUGUCUUACACUUCUAGCAUUCAUUCCAUACUGGGACGAAGCCUCCAGGGAGUAUCUCAUAGCAUCUUCAGAGGUAGACACUUUCCUCUUCGGGGAGUAUCCGCCAGAGGAGGAUCAAACCGAGGAACUUAUGACUGGUCUGGGCUCUCCUUAUCUUGAACGUGUCCGGCUAUUUCUUGCAUUGAAAGUCCUAUCAAAACAUGCAUUCCGACUAUGUGACAUUUUCGAUGCUUCGAUGUCGUGGCCACCCUUCGACGUCUGUGAAAUGGAACAGAAGUGGCACAUCCUUCAUCUUCCGGAAGAUAGACGCACAGAAGCGCGGGAUAAUAUCUCACGCAUUGAGAUUGAAGGAGCGGAGGCUUAUGCUGAGGCGGAAGCUGGAGACCUUAAGGAAGCUAGCAUCUAUGGGUGCAGUGAGGAUUCUGAUUCGGACGAAACCUCCACCUCCAUAAGUACCAACCCAAGCCUUACUCACCCACCGGUUGACACUGUCCGCAUUGAAACCUGGUUGGACGCAGUGUCGAUCGGAGAUAGGCCUCCCGAUCCUCGAGGACUUUAAGCAGCCAUUUCAUUCUAUCGCCCCCGGAUCCAGCAGCCCAUACCCCCAUACUGCCUUUUCACUUUCCUCGAUCAAUAUUUAUGUUCCUCAUGCUCGGAUCCAUAAAGCUCAUCCUCCAGGACGCUAGGCCCUACAUGACAAAUUUGAAACCCCAUGUUUUACAUUGUUACUCCGAACGCGUGCCCUUGAUCGCUGUUGGGCUGAAUGAGGUGCCUGACGAAUCACCACAACCGAUCACUAUCUGGUUCACCAAUCGGCUCCAUUACGCCGAAUAUUUCGGUUAAUCUGAUUCAUAAACCCACGGUUGUUCCCACCUUUUGACAGUCUAACCCAUCUACGCGCUGUUCUCUCGUUUGUUUUACCGGAAGCAUGAGGACAUCACUGAGGAACGCCAGAUAUCGGGUUCCAAAGACGAAUCCGCAGGGUUAGCAAGCGCGGUCCAUUAUUGACAUUGAGGGACUGUGGGGACUUCAGUGUCGGUUUUCACAGCAGAC